AUGGCAGCAAGGUCGGGAUCUAAGCCGGGUGCUACUAUCUCUUUAACUUUGCCAAUAUCUUGCCAGAUUUGUCUGGGAAAGGUAAAACAACCUGUGAUUUGUCCCAAUCAGCAUGUUUUCUGUACCUUGUGUAUGGAUCUAUGGCUGCGUAAAAAUGAUCAGUGUCCUACAUGUCGAACAUCGAUUACAUCUGAUAACCCUUGUAAACCAAUUAUUGGUGGUCUGAACCAUGGAGAAAACCAAUCAAGUCCUUUGUCAACACCUAAUUUAAGAAAGGCUAGAUUUGAUAUCCUGUAUCAAGAAUAUGAGGAUGAAAUAGAACAACUACAGCGCGAAAUAGACACACUUCACAAAGAAAACAAGAUUUUACAGAAACAAGUUGAUUUGAUCGGAUGUGACAACAAAUCAUCGCCUGGUAAAUGCAAACAUAGUGGUAAGAAGGUUGAGAAUCUGAUGAGUUUGACCAGUAAAUUACAAGAAGCUACAGCUACUUACGAAGCAGUCAAGGUGGAAAUGAAUCAAUUAAAACAGACAAAUGCUAAACUGGAGAUGGAAAAUCAACAUUUGAAUAUGGAAAAUAAUAAACUAAGACAAGAAAACUCUAGCAGAUCCCCACACAAAUAUGGGAGAUACACGGUGGCAGCGCAGCAGUCCAAGUUAAACCAAUAUGAACAGGAAAUGAGUCAACUUAAACGAGCCUUACAAAGAAGUGAUGAUUAUAUUGAGGAAUUGGAAGAGAAAUUGAAAAAGUUUGAAUGUAACCACCCAGAUAGUGUAAAGGGAGAACCUCAAAAAGAAAAACCUUCUUUUGGUUCAAGUAAAUUAGAUCGAAAUAAUAGAUCAUUUAAUGACGUAAGCAAGAUUAGCUUGAUGGAAGAAAGUUCUUUAAAUCUCGAAGCUCCGACUCCCAUGACUCCAGCUUCAUGUUUCAGUAGAUUGUCCAUCCUAAAGUCUAGUGAGAACAAUCUAGUAUCAACGCCCAAAGACAAUAUUACUUCUCUCUCACUGGACAACAGUAGAAGUUCAUCUCGUAGAAAGUUAAAUUUUGAUGAUUCUGAACAGCCAUCAACGCAUCGAUCUGUUCCAAAUGGCGCAUCAAUGACUGAGGACAGUUUUAAUUUUGAACAACCUGGUAAUAUUAGCAGUGUUUCACAGCUGGAUAUUGCGAAUACUACUGACUUCGAAGAGUGUGCCAGGCUAAUGACUGAAGCUGAAAGUCGGGUUGCACAGAGACGUUCUCAGAGCAGUGAUCAGUCGGGCAUUGAUUUACCCAUGAUGAGUUCAUACCCAGACACCCAAACCAAACUGGCAAGUAACAUCACGCUUAGUUUAAGUCAGUUACAAGACACAGUAUCAUGGCAAGUAAGGCCAAAUUCAACACCAUCAUUACAUGUUGACCAUCUUGAACAUCCAGCCCCUGAUGCAAGACCCAGCUCUGCUCCGUCCAGUAAAAUUACAGCACCCAGUCUGUUUGGAUUGAGAUACCACUGUGAUUCUUAUUUACCACCAGUUGGUAACAAUGUUUGGAAGUCAUCAUCAGGAAUAUAUCCUAUCACAUCAACAACAUACCAGCAAGGAAUGUAUUCCAGUACUGCAUCAACAUUCCAACAAGGUUUUUAUCAGAGUACCUCAUCCACAUCCCCAAAAGAAAUUUAUCCAAGUACUUCCUCCAUGUCCCAACUUUAUUCCGGUACCUCGUCCACUUCUCAACAAGGAAUAUAUCCAAAUACUUCAUCUACAUCUCAACAAAGAAAGUAUCCAAGUACCUCAUCCUCAUCCCAUCAUGAAAUUUAUCCCAACAUGUCAACACAGCAAAAUCAGUACUUUAAUAAUAAUAAUAAUCCUUUUAAAAAUUUAUCAUCAAUAUCAUCAAGUCAGGGAAUCAGAAACGAACAUGUGUUUGAUGCCCAUCAGAAAUAUAGUGCUGUAUCAAAUUCUAUGUUGCUGAACCAACACAGACAAAAACUAGCACAUUCGUCUACUAACUGUGUUUCACAGCCACUCAGAGCAAUACAUGAUGAUGUCCAUUCUGCCCAGGCAGUAUACGACUAUACAGGUGAUAGUCGUAAGAGAAAACCAGACUUAACAGCAAUGUCAAAUCAAGUGUCUGCUCCACCUGGACUAGGGAGUCCAGCAAAGACAUUCAGAUUGUUUUAGUUCGAACCGAUACAUAGCUACUGGAGUCUGAAGACGGGGAAUUGUAUAUAUAAAAACGUCGUUACUGGAUUAUUGUAAAAUCUGAUUCAUCACUAUGGCAGAUACAUAACAAAAUCAUUGAGCUGAUAGAUAAUAAAUAAACUCAACUAAAAGUGCAUGCAAUUACCAUCACCAAUGAUGAUGGUCUCUCUUCUAGUUUCACUAUGUUUUGUUUUUUUUCAAAAUACAAGUUACAUUGUAUUACCAGGUAUUAUAUUUGAGUUGUAGCUUCAAUAUAGAUUUAUUCAUGCUAAAAAUAGGAACAUUGUAUUAGUUGUCAUGAAUUCACCAGCCAUACAUAACUGACAGUCAAUUCUUUGUUCUUAUCUGUUGAUUUAAUUUAAUUAUCAAUGAUGUUAUUAAUAUUAUUUAAUUGUUUAAUAUUAUUUAUGAAAUAAUGUAUUGUCUUAUAGUACACUCGAGCCAGAAUCAAAUAUUUUUGUCAAAUAAGAAAGAGACUGUCUUUUUUUUGUAUAAAUAGUUAUUUAUUAUUUUCUAUGCAGCAAAUGAUAUAUGUAAUGCAUGUAUUAACAUUGUGAUGAAUACACUAUAAUUUGGUGAAUUCAAUAUUGUAUUUCAUAUGAAAAUUACCUCAAUAAUAUGCCUUGAAUAAGAUUUUAUAUUUCUAUAAGAUUUCAAAAUAUGAAUUUGGUUAGAACUGUAUUAACAUGGUCCAAAACAGGGAUUUGUACUUUGAGUUACAUCCAUCCACGUGUACGUCCAACAUUAUUUCUCAAACAUGAAUUGGAGUAAAGUUAGUACGAAGCAGAGAUGUAAUGGUAUACCUAUUAAUGUCAAUUUGUUUGGAUUCGCUGGCCCGAUUACACUCAAACUUGGUAUCAAUAUCACCCAUGGCGGUUUACUGAUGCAUGUUAUUUUGUUUUUCAAUUUGAUUCAAAAUGGCAUCAUUACCAUCUUGCCGUCAUGCAUAUACAUGCUUAUGUACUUUUUGCAUUACCACAUUGACCUCGUCAUUAGUACCGUAGUUUGUGCCUACUGUAGAUGGUUUUCGUAAAUAGGCUGUGCUAUCCUGAAAUAUUGGUCUUUGCAUCAUUUGAGUUGUUUCAUAGGAGGGAGAGGUACCCAAGGUACAAGGUAAGGUUUAAGUAGUUGUCCUAUCCUGAAUGGCCUUUGCUGCACAAAUAAUCAAUGGUAUUUGGCCUUUUGGUCAUGUGAUAUUAUAAUCAGCUCCUACUCAUUUCUAACUACACAAUUAUGUUUCUCGGUUUCAU